GCAAAGAGUAUUCCGCUAUACUGUCAUUGGUAGCCCGGGCGUUAAACUGGGUCGUUUGGGGUUCGUCCGCAACGUCAUCCGAUCACCGGCGAACAAAGCGCUGAUAAGGUGCAAACAGCAGGAAAUUACUCCAGCCAAGCCGUGACUGUUGCGGGCGAGGAUCGAAUUCUGACUGCUACGAAAACAAUGACGACAGUCAAGGACGUAUAAUGAAUCAUUGUUCUGCCCUAUAGUGCUUCAUUGACUUUACUCGCCGGGCUGCUGCUCAGCAGUAGUGCUACAGCGCAGAUGGAUAAUGCUAAUUCCUCUCUAACGCCAAAUCCACCGUUCGACGCCCGAGAAGCAAGCAUCGACGCCGUUCAUCAUGCCAUAUACUCCGGUCUCUCCACCUGUCGCGAAGUCGUCUCAGCUUUUCUUGCGCGCAUAGAGGCAUACAACCACCGCACAAAUGCCAUCAUUACCCUCAACCCAAAAGCCCUGGAGAUUGCAGACUCCAUGGAUGAAUCCCUUGCCGCAGGCAAUGCUACGGGAUCUUUGUUCUGCGUCCCUAUCCUACUGAAGGAUAAUUACGACACGGCCGACAUGCCUACCACCGGCGGAGCUCUGGCCUUGAAAGACUCUCAACCCACGGAAGACGCCCCAAGCGUGGCAGCUCUGAAAAGAGAAGGCGCGAUCAUCUUGGGAAAAGCAAAUCUGCAUGAGCUGGCACUGGAAGGAAUCUCGGUCUCGUCUCUCGGCGGCCAGACAAUCAAUCCGUACGAUUCGACACGAACCCCGGGAGGAAGCUCUGGAGGCACCGGCGCAGCAGUAGCAUCCUCCUUUUGCGUCUUCGGUACCGGAACCGACACCGUGAACUCGCUUCGCAGCCCAGCGUCCGCAAAUUCCCUCUUCAGCAUGCGUCCCACCCGUGGCUUGAUCACCCGGACAGGCAUCAUCCCCAUCUCCACAACUCACGAUGUCAUCGGCCCCAUCGCACGCACCAUCAAAGACGCCGCCGUCGCCUUAACCGCCAUGUGCAAGGCAGGCUACGACAGCACCGACAAUGCGACCGCCCUCGUCCCGCCGGCGCUGCGUAACAUCGACUAUACCUCCGAACUCUCCUCCGCUUCGCUCUCCGGCCUCCGCCUCGGCGUCCUCAACGGUUUCUUCAACCGCACCGACGCCUCCGACCCAGAAGUCGCGCCCGUGAACGCAGCCAUGGACGCCUGGCUGGCGCGGCUGACCGCCGCCGGUGCAACUCUCGUCCCCAUCAACGAGUCGCUGUAUAAUGCCACUGCAAUCCAGACAUCCUACGACGUCCAGCGCUUCGAAUACCGCGAGCUCAUGGACGAGUAUCUGCAGCGGCCUUCGCUUGGCGGGUCGCAGCCGAAGACGCUGAACGAGCUGUAUGAUCUCAGAGCCUCCAAGGAUUCUAAAGGCGAGUUCGUGGUGUUGCCCUCGCAAUAUGAGUAUGUCAAUACGGCACUCGUAUCCUCGACGAGCAACGCGACGUACUUGGAGCGCCGCAUUGGGAUCGACAAUCUCACCCUCGCGCUGCAGAAGACAUUUGCGGCAAACGCUCUCGACGCGAUUAUCUACCCCGAGCAGAAGAACCUCGUUGUGAAGAUCGGGUCGCCCUCGCAGUCGGGUAGAAACGGGAUUUUGGCGGCGCUGACGGGAUCGCCUGUUGUCACUGUGCCUAUUGGUUUCAGCAACGCAACAGCUGAGGCGCCGAUUGGUGUCCCAAUCGGCAUGGAGAUCUUGGGCCGGCCGUUCGAUGAGCAGAAGUUGCUGGGCAUUGGGUAUGCGAUGGAGAAGAUGGGGAAGGUGAGGCGGGCGCCGACGUGGGCGAGGGAGGUGGUUGAAGUUCCGAAGUAUAGCGAGGUGCCUGUUGUUACGCCGGACGGUGGGAAUGUGCCGAGUGCGUAUCCGCUGGGGACGUUGUAGAUGCCGUCACACGCCUUUGUUACGGGUUUAGCACAUAUGCUGGGCCAUAGCACGACCGUGAGUACAUGGUGAUGUUAUGCCUAAGGGGUGUGUAAUCACGGUAAUCUGCAGAUCAUUCGAGAACAUAAUUCAGUUGUAGAUUUAAGGGAGACACCCUACUCCA